GUCUGAGGAGCACUGAGGAGGGAGCCACACUGCCCAGAACCAAAACCCAAGUGCCAAUCAAAGGUGUAACUUUGCUUGGGUGAGAGCUGGAUGGAGAGCAGAACAUCGUUUGGGUCGGUGUGCAAAUUAAUUGGAUUAAUUGGCUCAGGUGCAAUGGGGAGGAUAAUGACAGGCAGUGGCCUCAUGGGGCGCUAAAAAAGGCCAAGAAGCCCUCAUUUGGUCACGUGCAGCAUAUGGCCAUUGGAACCGCCCACUUCCUGUUGCACAUCCGGUUAGCCUCACAGCUCCGGAUGAGAACAACUGGCACAGAUUUUGAUUAGAACCUCUGCAAUUGAGCACGCCUCCAAGGUGACGAACAGUCUGUCUGGGACUUUCUGACGCUCCCGCCCGCCGAACAGCUGUUGCUUUUUGUAUAUUGAAUUUUUAGAAGCAUUUUAAAGAACUGUCACUGCUCGUGUCCAGAAUCCCUGUGGACUCUGACCAGGGUUGUGCCGGGCCAGUGUGCUCCUCGGCUGCCAUUGAGCCUGAGCAAAGGAGGACUAACGGGGCUUCACGCCUGAAUUCUCCCUCGCCACCCACGAGAACAAAACCUCGGCCGCUCUCUUCAUUGAGCAGCACCCUGCGGGCGGAUCUACUCUCACCAGAGUUUCUUCUUUGUUGUUUUAAGAAUUUUAAUACAAUUCUUUUAGAACUGUGUUUUAACUGUGCAUUUUAUUGUGUUAAUCCAUCUUUGGUUUCCCCCCUCCCUCAGUGCUGAGGACUCAGGUGUCAGUCCUGAGUUCUAGGUGGAGGCUUUGCCCCGGUUCGGAGUGACGUGUCCUUGGGUGAAGGGUUCACAAGUGUGUGUGCUCUGCAUCACGUUCUACUUCAAAGAUGUCGUUCCUGGCACCUGUCCUUAUUAUUGGUGGAAACGGCGGUGGUUCUUUUAGUUUUACCGGGGAAAGCAACGGGGCCACGCUAAAGAAGCUGUGGGUGUGGGUGGGAGAGUGGCAGGUGAGGGGCAUCAAGGUUUGGCUGACUGAUGGUCAGGUCCAGGAGUUUGGAAAGCCUGAAGGAGGAUUUUCACAGAUGGAAUUUCAGGAUGGCGAGCAGAUUAAGUCGCUCUCGCUGUGGGGCAAUGGUGCAGGAACUCGCCUAGGCGCCAUCAGAAUCAGGACAACAGCAUCCCAAGAAUUUUUCCCAAAGAUGACCAAGUGGGGUCUGAAAAAAGAGUACCCCAUUGAUGUUGGGUCUGGAAUUUGUCUGGGAGUUUUAGGAAAUGGUGAUAUUGACAUAGAUUGUCUGGCUUUCGUUUUCAUCAACACCAUCCAGUCAACCGAGCUGAUCAACAUUUACUACCCCACCCUCCACCAGGUGAUUCCUCAGGUGGCCACAGAGGAGAUCAAGUCUGUCACUUACACCAAUAACACCGGCGUGCCUCAGUCCUACACAGUUGAAUCCAGUAAAACCAUCACCAAGAAAUCCUCCUGGUCCGUGUCAAACAAAAUGGAAAAGACCUUCAGUUUUGAGGUCACGGCAGGGAUACCAGAGAUGGUCGAAGUGUCUACUGGCUUCAGCUUCACUGUCAGUACAGAAAGCUCCUACGGUCUAGAGAACACCGAUGAGAGGAAGGAGACGUUCUCCUUCCCGGUCAAUGUUUCUCCUGGGAAGACGGUGGAUGUGAAAGUCACCAUUGGCAGAGCCACUGUGGAUCUCCCUUACAUGGCAAAGGCGAAGAUAACCUGCUCCAACGGGAAAACCCUCAAGUUCAACACCAGCGGGAUCUACAAAGGCGUCACCUACACCAACGCUAAAACCAUUGUGACAGAAAAGUGAAUCCGACAGAGGCCGACGCCUUGUGCUAACUUCCUUUCCUCAUUCAGCCAUUAUCUGUCCUCACCUGUACAGAUUAUAUCAUAACUGUGUAGCAACCCAAAGAUGACUAUGUGACCUUUGUGAUCAUUACUGCUCGACUUUACCUGUCCUGGGUUUUGUGUGUAGAUCACUGUCACUAGAAACCCAACGUUCACAGUGUGGUCUACUGUGUCUUCCAUAGUCUUUAGAGAAUUGAUCCAUUGGCCUACGAGAGGCAAUGUCUUCUUUGGAAGUGUCAUGUAAUCAUUGUUCUAAUCCUUGUUCUUAUCUGUGAUCUUUAUCUUGCGCAAAGUUUUUUGUGAAGCGGACACGUUUCUACUGCUAAGUGCUGUGCUGGAGCUAGCUGCUUUUGCUAUCGUCAGCAAUAAAUCUUUGCCUUCCAAUAAGAAAA